UGUUUUGCGGUACUCGUAGUUACUCUUCUUCCUCCUCUAUUUGGUCUCCUUAGCCUCUAUAUCCUUGCUUAGCAUCCAUGGCUUCUCUUUCCACGCUGCUUCUUGAGCUGGGGCCGAUUUAUACGCUCGCCUCCGAUAAAGCGGCUUCGUAUCGGUCAAACCGCUACGCAUGUAGUAGCGUUUCGGCCGGCCGGUUCCAAAUUGGGAUACCUCUAUGAACUAGAUCAACAUCUCGAUCGUUUCUUACGAUCAGCUGCAAUGGCUAAAAUCAAUCUACCGUUCGAUCGCUCGCAAAUACGAAACAUCCUAAUCCACACAGUAAGCGCCUCAAAAUGCACAGAAGGGGCUUUAAGGUACUGGCUCUCCGUCGGUCCCGGCGAUUUCUACCUAUCUCCUUCCGGGUGCUUACAAUCCGCUCUAUACGCCGUGGCUUACGAAACUUAUCUACCGGAAUUUACGGGUUCUAAAGUAAUAACAUCAUCAAUCCCCAUGAAAUCACCGAAGUUCGCAGUAAUGAAGAGUGUGAACUACUUACCGAAUGCCCUGUCGAAGAUGGAAGCCGAACAAAAUGGCGCUUUCGUCGGAAUAUGGAUCGACGACGAAGGAUAUGUCGCCGAAGGUCCGAAUAUGAAUGUCGCAUUUGUGACGGAAGAGAGAGAGUUGUUGAUGCCUGAGUUUGAUAAGAUUCUGAGUGGAUGCACUGCGAGGAGAGUGAUAGUUCUUGCAGAGAAGCUUGUGAGAGAGGGGAAGAUCAGAGGAGUUAGGGUUCAGAAAGUUAGGGUUAGGGAAGGGAAGAUGGCGAAUGAAAUGAUGCUUAUUGGAAGUGGAAUUCUUGUGAAGCCGGUUCUUCAAUGGGAUGAUCAGAUCAUUGGUGAUGGGAAGGAAGGUCCUGUCACUGAAGCUAUUUUCAGACUCAUUGUGGAGGAUAUGAGGAGUGGUCCACCUUCUGUUCGAGUUCCCGUUCCUUACCACUGAACCAUUAUGGCCUUUUAUUUAAAUAUUGGCAGUCAUUAGAAGCUUCCUCUUGUAUCAUGACAGCCUCGUGGUUUUAAAAGUCGUCGUUCAACCGGCUCAACUGUGAACCAGUUAUUCGAGCGGUUCGAUUCAAGCUUAAAACCGUUUCUGUAUAGUACUGAGAUUGAACUCGUGAGAACCGGGAUUGAAGUGGUGAACCGGUCUUGUUUCUAAGAAAUCGAAAUCGUUCGGUUCAAAUAUUAUUGAAUUUUAUUA